GGAGCUCACGAGUGAUAGCAAAUGGACUAUAGAGGACGAAGUCUUCAUUUCCAAACGAGCCUCCCCGGCGGUUGUCCAGUCAUCGUUAGAAGCCCUUAAUCUAACGUCUUCGAGGAUUUUUAUCCUUCACGCCACUGCCACUUUUACCCGCCACAUUUUCCAGGCUGCUAACAAAGUCUUUCCCAAAGGAAAUCGUUUUGCUUGGAUUAUCACCGAAAAUGCGUACACGCGAAACGAACACCUGCUUCGGGAUUUUCCUCUGGGAACUAAAGCUUUCUUGGUUAACCAUGAUGUGGUCCCUGAAGAACUUCUGAGAGACGUUUUGGAUUUUACUUCAGAAGCCUUUCAGGGUGGAGGAAAGAUGGGAUUGAUAUUUCGGCUGACUUCCACGCUGCCAUCAUCGUCGUCAUUUUCGCUGGUAUCCUUGACGUCUUCGUUAACCUCUUUAUAUGCCAAGUCUGCUUUACGGAAGAAAAAAGCGUACGGUUGCUGGUCGGCCUUGUCAGAAACAGUCCAUCCCUAUCAGGACCCAGUCUACAC